UCCAUAGAGUACACGGGGAGUGCUCUCGAGCUGAUAGCCUCCUUGAUGGGUAUGGUACAGAGAAGGGAGACGCUGUUCCGUCUCUAUGGUAUCCAGAUCCCAUCCGUACUGAUGGCUCCAGCGGCAGCAGCAACACUAACACCAGUAGUAACAGUACCUCCUCCAACAGCAGGGAGGAAAGAGAGGGAUAGGGGCACUCGAGGCCAGAGCAGUCCUCAAGAACCCAUCUUGAGCGUUGAUAACGCUAAGACUAGUGACUCUGAGGAGGCAGCGAGUCAUCUGAGAAUAGAGACGACGAUACUGGCUCAGGUUCCUAGAGUGGAGGUAACAAUGCCAAGGUGGGUUCUGGAGCAGAGAGCGGUGACGAUACCGGCUCUAAUUCAGGGUCUGAUUCCGACAACAGCGCUUAUGGAGAUAGUACCCCUCAGUCCUCUUCUCCGAGGAAGAUGACGAAGAGGGCCUCUCGGGUCUGAGGCGACUGGCGCUGAUUUUUGAUUUUUUGCUUAGUUUCUUUGUGUUUAGUUGCAUUAACAGAUGUAUAAC